UCCGCCGCCCGCAGGCCCCGCCCGCUUGCCGUCUCCCGGGUAACGCGCAGAGUUCCUCCUUAGACUUGAGCGUAGGAAGUUGCUCCGCGUCCGCGCUCCCUUCCGUCAUGGAUUUCCCUUUAGCUCGCUCUCCCAAGUCGUACUUCAUCCACUCAGAUUCCUCUACACAGACCAGAAGGCCUUCGGUCAAAUGGAACCUGAACUCGGAGUACGAACACGUUGCCAAGGAGACCACCGGGCACGGCACGGACUUCCGGCGCGAGAGACUAGACAGCCUGCAGUGGGACCAUGGCGUCCGCGUCCAGCCGCAGACCCGCUUCCUGAGGCCGCGGACCCCUUUGGUUUAUAUAGCCAGCCGAUUGAGUGCCAAUGAUGCAAACGUGAAGAAACUUUUACCCAAGAGCCAUUUAUCUCGGGUGAUUAUUCGGGACAACCUCAACGCACAGCGCAUCUACGAGAUGGAGAUGCACUCCUCCGACAAGACCAAGAGAAAGAUGAGUGGCUUAUACGAGCACCUGAAAAAAAAGUUCAUGUCAGACCAGCUGAGAAAGAUGCUGCGCUGGAAGCGGGAAUCCCUGAGCACCCAGCAGUACUUGGACAGCCAACGGACUUCCAGGGGCUCCACUUAG